ACACCAGUCUUCGGAAGUCGCCCGUCAAUCGGCUUCUUCCAGCCCAGUAAAGGCUUAAGGUCACCUCAACCUCUCGAAACCCACCAGUCCCAGAGGCCGACUCUUCUCAAGUGGAGGAGACGGGAAGGCGUGCCGUGCAUGGAGCUUUGCCCGACCGCUCGCUCUCUCCUCCCCAGCCGUCUGAGAGCAGGCGAGAGGGGUCCCAGAACAGAGCCCUCGCUCCGCACGCCCCACGCCUGCCCCGCUGUGCCGUGCGCUCUGCCCCUGAGACGCCCCGGCUCGGAGUCCCAGAGCCGCAGCCGAAACUCGCCCGCCCGCGCCCCUCUCCGGCUUGCGGCGCCCGCCCGCACCGCCGCCUGCCACACGAGGCGACGCCGUCUGCUUCUCCCCACCCGCCAGGUGGCAGGUUCAGGGCCCGGGUCUGAGCCUGCUCCCCUGCAGCUGCCACCGCCGCCCUCGCCGCCAGGGGGCGAGAGUCCCAGGCAGGACAAGCAGCGCUGCUGCCUUGGCGUGAAGGUGGUUUCAAACUUUAGGCUUCUCUUCCCUACCCGCGUCUCUGAAGAGCAGAGAGGAAGAUGGAAACCGAGUCCGGGCAGCAAACAUCAAACCAGAUGCAAACAGAUUCAUUAUCUCCAUCCCCUAAUCCUGUGUCGCCUGUGCCUUUGAAUAACCCAACAAGUGCCCCAAGAUAUGGAACAGUGAUCCCUAAUCGCAUCUUUGUAGGAGGAAUUGACUUUAAGACAAAUGAAAGUGAUUUAAGAAAAUUUUUUUCCCAGUAUGGGUCUGUGAAAGAAGUGAAGAUUGUAAAUGACAGAGCUGGAGUAUCCAAAGGGUAUGGUUUCGUCACUUUUGAAACACAAGAAGAUGCACAAAAAAUUUUACAAGAGGCUGAAAAACUUAAUUACAAGGAUAAGAAGCUGAACAUUGGUCCAGCAAUAAGAAAACAACAAGUAGGGAUCCCUCGUUCUAGUAUAAUGCCAGCAGCUGGAACAAUGUAUCUAACAACUUCAACUGGAUAUCCUUAUACUUACCAUAAUGGUGUUGCUUAUUUUCAUACUCCAGAGGUAACUUCUGUCCCACCACCUUGGCCUUCACGUUCUGUAUGUAGCUCCCCUGUGAUGGUAGCUCAGCCCAUUUAUCAGCAACCUGCAUAUCACUACCAGGCCACCGCACAGUAUUUACCAGGACAGUGGCAGUGGAGUGUUCCUCAGCCUCCUGCCUCUUCUGCUCCCUUCUUAUACCUGCAACCUUCUGAGGUUAUUUAUCAACCAGUGGAAAUUGCACAGGAUGGUGGAUGUGUUCCUCCUCCACUGUCUCUGAUGGAAACUUCAGUUCCAGAGCCUUAUUCUGAUCAUGGAGUUCAAGCAACAUAUCACCAGGUUUAUGCUCCAAGUGCCAUCAGUAUGCCUGCGCCUGUGAUGCAGCCUGAACCAAUUAAAACAGUGUGGAGCAUUCAUUAUUAAGACAAUUGGGCAGCUCUAGUCCAGCUCAACUGAUUUCUUGUCCAAUGAUCCUUGUGUGGCCGAGAUCCAGCUUCAACGAACCAGCUAGAAGCUGCGCGUUGUGAAACUUAGUGUUAGUUAAUACCUCACCAUACUCAGUUAUUCCACUAUAAACUGUCUAAAUUUGAUGAAAUUUGCUUUUUCAGCUGUUCUACAAAAUUAUUUAGGUAGAUGUGGCAUGUUGGUUUUUUAUGUGCUAAUCUAACUGUAAUGACCUUUUCUACAACAUGUUUUAUCCAUUCCAUAAAUAAUAACCACAUUGGGAAUAGUGAGGUGUCUUUUAUUUUCUCUGCUUUGUGUUAUUUUUUCUUAACAAACUAUUAGAUGUUAUGUUUCAUAUUAUUUGAUAUUUAUUUUCAUAUUUAGGAUAAGAAUCAUUUUUAAUUAUAAUACUUUUAAUACUUUCAUAUAUUUUACAACAGUAUACUAUUUAAUCUUAAUGACUUAAUUCUAUUUUUGCUUUGCUGUUUUGUCAUUUAAUAUGCUUUUGUCUAAUUUUUCAUUCAUUUGUUACUGUUACUCCUUAUUUAAUUUUGCGUCUGCCAUGGUUUUCAGAAUCUGAAUAGUAUUUAUACUUCUUUUUUUUAUAACAUUUUCCAAAUAUUAGAAAUACCAUCAACAUGAUCAAUAUUCUUGCCUUUUCAUAUAAUUUGACCAUAUUAAAUUUUUUCUUCAAUGUUUGAGACAACAUUGAAAUAUUCCUAUAACAUAACUUAUUUGGUAUCAAAUUUUAUAAAAUAUGGAUCCACCUUUGGAAUUUUGAUAAAAGAAGGGUUCAUCUCUGACAUGAUCCCAUAACAUUGACUGAAAUUCCACCAAAUUAAUGUUCUUUGAAUGCUUUAAUCCUUAAACCUUUUCUUCUUAUAUGCAACCAAUAUAUUCAAUUAUAUAUGUGAUUAAUUUUUAAAAGGACAAUUGUUUUCAUAAAAUGCAAAACUAUUUUUUACACCAAAGGAAAAUUUAGAUCCUGAUUCUAAAUAAAAUUUUAUAGUAAAAAUUGGAAAAUAGAUGGGAGGGGGAGUCAUUCAUUGUUCAAAAGGUACAGAACAAAUCAUAGGGGUUUUUAAUCUCUAAAAUUUCUACAGUAGUACAGGAAAUAUUCCUCUUUACAUUCAUUUGCAGUUCUUUCACUGACCUCCUAAUUUUAGGUGGAGGGGGCAGGGGAGCCAUAAAAGUUGAUAUUCCCCUAAUAAAUCUAUCUCUUUCCUCUCCUGUUUCAACCCCAAAUGUAUUUCAUGCUCAGCAGCAGAAGAAGAAAUAAUAGGAUAUAGAUCACAAAGGUUUUUCUGGUGAGUCAAAUAGGGUGUUUUCUUUUGAAACCGUAAUGAAUAUGUUUGCCAUCAAAUGGUUUCAUGAGAACAGUAGAACCUUAUGAAUGUAUACUAGCAUACAAGGAUCUCAAGUACAUUAAUUAUUCUCAGUUUUAGGAAUGUAAAUAGAUUAAGUCCCACAAUGAAAUUUCAAAAGUUUUUGUUCUGUAAGUAAAAAAUUACUAACCACUGAUGUUCGAGAUUUUCUUUUAAUAGCACUAUCCUUGAGAACCAAAAAGUUUAUGUUUUGAUUUUCAAAUGUUAAACAAGAUGCUAAACAAAUCCUGGACUGUUAAUAAAAAUUAAUGAUGUAUUAUUGGAUAAGGAAUUUUGAUAA